UUUGUUCGCUACUGUUAUUAUUGAAACAUGUUGAUUGUCUGUCUAGCAAAGUGUAGGAUCAUUUGUGAUAGCUAUUAGUUUGCCAAAACAAAAUUGCUGAUGGAUGUAAUCCGAUUAUUAUCGAAUAUUAUAAGUCAGUAUAGUGUACGGAAUAUACGAUCUUCGAAUGACUAAGGACAAACCCAAGCGAAUCUCAAGAAUGGUGAGCAAAUCGUUUUUAUGGGGAGUGCUAGCCGCCUCACUCACCUGGUCCAUCAGCUUGUAUCUGUACUGGAAUCUGAACAGUAGUUCCGAUGCUGUUGCUUCUGCGCCAGCGUCCUUGGCUUCUGCGACGAGUUCUGGACGUAAGAACGAUGAUAAACAACUACCGGUGGUGGGACCUGUGGAACAGGAGCAGUCUAAAAAACAGUGGCAGAAUGGACAUCAGAAUCAGCUAGACAAUUUAGCGGGAAAGUCGCUGAAUGAGAAGAGUUUCAGCUUUUUCAAGGAUAAAUUGGGGCGGUAUAAGAGUGAUCAGGAACAUAAGAAGAUUAGCCACAAGCUGUUUGAUGAAUUGCAACCUAUUUUUCCGAAUGGGACUGAUGAAUUCGGUAUGGUGCGUAACUCCGAGGAACAGUUCAUACGAGAUGUAGGCUAUAGGAAGCAUGCGUUUAAUGUUCUCGUUAGCAACAAGAUUGGACCAUAUCGAGAGGUUCCUGAUACGAGACAUAAGUUAUGCCAGGAACAGAGUUACGAUAAAGUGCUUCCGUCGGCAUCGAUUAUUAUGUGCUUCUACAACGAGCACCUGCAGACGCUGAUUCGCUCGGUGAGCUCUGUGCUUCAUCGGACACCGUCUUAUCUAUUGCACGAAAUCAUUCUUGUUGAUGAUUGCAGCGAUUUGGAUGAUCUUAAAACUGACCUUGAGGUUGAGUUGAAAAAACUCAACAGUGCCAAGGUACGGUUGAUUCGGAAUGCCGAGCGAGAGGGACUAAUGCGGUCGCGAGUUUAUGGUUCCCGUAAUGCCUCUGGAGAUGUGCUUAUUUUUCUCGACAGCCACAUUGAAGUAAAUGUUGAUUGGAUCGAACCAUUGUUGCAGCGAAUUAAAGUCAACGCAACGAUACUGGCUAUGCCGGUAAUCGAUAUUGUAAAUUCUGACACAUUCGCCUACACAUCGAGUCCUCUGGUGCGGGGAGGAUUUAAUUGGGGUCUGCAUUUCAAGUGGGACAAUCUUCCGAAGGGUAUGUUGGCAAAGGAGAGUGAUUUUGUUGGACCGUUUCAAUCACCGACGAUGGCAGGCGGGUUGUUUGCUGUGGACAGGCAGUAUUUCAAGGAUUUGGGUGAAUAUGACAUGGGAAUGGAUGUGUGGGGCGGAGAGAACUUGGAAAUUUCUUUUAGAACGUGGCAAUGUGGUGGAUCCAUUGAGUUGCUACCUUGCUCGAGAAUCGGUCAUGUAUUUCGACGUAGACGUCCAUAUGGAUCACCCGAUGGAACAGACACUAUGAUUCGGAACUCCCUCCGGCUAGCUCGUGUUUGGAUGGAUGAUUAUAUCAAAUACUUUCUAGAUAAUCAAUCCCAGGCAAAACGUAUUGAUGCUGGUGAUAUAUCUGAACGACAGGAAUUGAGGGCGCGCUUGAAAUGUAAACCCUUUGAGUGGUACCUGAAAAACAUCUAUCCCCAAUUGAGGCUUCCGGGAGAUAAGACAACCGACAACAAUGUAUCUCAGCCAAAGUUUCAACCAUGGCAUUCGCGCAAACGAAAUUACGUUAGCAGUUUCCAGAUUCGUCUCACCAAUUCCACCCUUUGUUUGACCACUGAAAAUAGCAAAGAGAAAAGUUUAUGGAAAAAGGGAUCCAAACUGGUGUUGCAACCGUGUUUGAGGGUUAAAACUCAGAUGUGGUUUGAAACGGAAAAGGCAGAGCUAGUUCUUGGCCAGCUGUUGUGUUUGGAGGCUCCUUCCAGUGCCACUAAAGGCACGCCUAUAUUGAACAAGUGUCAUGAAAUGGGGGGCGAUCAAGCAUGGAAACAUAGAAAGACGAAAGGAACUCCGAUCUACAAUAUUGCUUCCGGAAGUUGUUUGGCUGUGCGAGAAAUUGCUAAAGGUUCCCUCGUAGGGCUAGACUUGUGUAUGAACACAGCGCGGAGCACGUGGGAUUUGGUUGUGUCAUGAGAUUUUUAUGUUACUUCAACAAAACUCGAAUAAUUCUCGAAAUAUUAGAUAUAAUUCGUUUUUCUAAAAAAAGACAACUACUGAUUAUAUUUACA